AUGGGUGCUCUGGGCCGGGUCCUGCUGUGGCUGCAGCUCUGCGCACUGACUCGGGCCGCCUACAAACUCUGGAUCCCAAAUACUUCCUUCGAUACUGCCUCCAACUGGAACCAGAACCGGACCCCGUGCGCGGGAGAUGCCGUCCAGUUCCCGGCGGAUAAGAUGGUGUCGGUCCUGGUACGAGACAGUCACGCCAUCUCGGAUAUGCUCCUGCCGCUGGACGGGGAGCUCGUCCUGGCCUCGGGAGCAACAUUCAGCGCUGCAGGAGGCGACUCGGACCCCGCUUGUAACCCGGGCGCCCCGUUGCUCUUCCGCAAUCCGGACCGCUUCUCCUGGCUUGACCCACACCUGUGGAGCUCCGGGACCCAGGAACAUGGCCUCUUCUCCGUGGACGCCGAGCGCGUGCCCUGUAGCUACGACGACGUCCUCUUCCCGCGCGAUGGGUCUUUCCGCGUGGCGCUCGGCCCAGGCCCCAACCCGGUGCAGGUCCGCAGCGUCUCGGCCGUGGGCCAGACGUUCACGCGCGACGAGGACCUGACCGCUUUCCUGGCUUCCCGCGAGGGCCGCCUGCGCUUCCACGGGUCGGGCGCGCUGAGAGUGGGCUCCCAGGCCUGCACCGACGCGUCGGGCUGCGUCUGCGGCAACGCCGAGACGCUGCCGUGGAUCUGCGCGUCUCUGCUGCAGCCCCUGGGCGGCCGCUGCCCCCAGGCCGCCUGCCAGGACCCCCUCCUGCCUCAAGGACAAUGCUGCUCGCUCUGCGGAGCUAUCGUAUCGUUGCCCUCCGUAGAGCUACCUGACUCAGCUCAGAAGGUGGACAUCUUGGACAUUGAUACCAACUUCGGCUGCUUCGUUAACCCACUCUUUGCUGGGGAGGCAGAAGCAGAGGCCUGACCUGCUAGGAAGGUACUAGGCCAGCAACCUGUGGACUAUUCACCCCCUCUGAGACUGUG